UCCAUUAUCAAGCAAAAGGUGAGCAGGGGUGGAGGAGAAACAAUAGCUUCAGACUUGGAGUCUAUUGGAAAAGAGAUUGCAAAGAAAUGUGGAGGGAUUCCAUUGCUUGCUAAAGUUUUGGGAGGAACUCUUCACGGAAAGCAGGCACAGGAGUGGCAGUCAAUUCUAAAGAGUAGAAUUUGGGAUUCUCGGGAUGGAGAUAAAGCUUUGCGCAUAUUGAGACUCAGUUUUGAUCACCUGUCAUCGCCAUCACUGAAAAAAUGUUUUGCAUACUGUUCUAUUUUUCCUAAAGAUUUUAAAAUUGAAAGGGAAGAGCUAAUUCAACUUUGGAUGGCUGAAGGUUUUCUCAGGCCAUCAAAUGGGAGGAUGGAAGACGAAGGCAACAAGUGUUUCAAUGACUUGCUUGCAAAUUCCUUUUUCCAAGAUGUUGAAAGGAAUGAGUGUGAGAUCGUAACAAGCUGCAAGAUGCAUGAUCUUGUGCAUGAUCUUGCAUUGCAGGUCUCAAAAUCAGAAGUGUUAAAUCUGGAGGAGGAUUCGGCUGUUGAUGGUGCAUCUCAUAUUCGUCAUCUAAAUCGCAUGUCUCGUGGGGAUGAUGAGGCAGCAUUAACAGCGGUUGAUGCUAGAAAAUUGCGAACUGUUUUCUCAAUGGUUGAUGUAUUGAAUGGAUCUUGGAAAUUCAAAAGCUUGAGAACUCUCAAAUUGCGAGGGUCUGGUAUCACAGAGUUACCAGAUUCGAUUUGCAAGCUGAGACAUUUGAGAUAUCUUGAUGUCUCGGAUACUGCUAUCAGAGCAUUGCCGGAAUCCAUCACCAAGCUGUACCAUUUGGAAACAUUAAGAUUCACUGAUUGCAAGUCACUAGAAAAGCUUCCCAAGAAGAUGAGGAAUUUAGUGAGCUUGAGACAUCUUCAUUUUGAUGAUCUAAAGCUAGUGCCAGAUGAGGUGAGACUCUUAACACGCCUUCAAACUCUGCCUUUAUUUGCUGUGGGUCCAGAUCAUAUGGUUGAAGAGCUGGGAUGUUUGAAUGAACUAAGAGGAGAAUUGCAGAUAAGCAAGCUUGAGCAAGUGAGAGACAAGGAAGAAGCUGAGAAGGCAAAACUGCGUGAAAAAAGAAUGCACAAAUUGGUGUUUGAAUGGAGUGAUGAUGAAGGUAACAGCAGUGUCAAUAGCGAGGAUGUGCUGGAAGGCCUGCAGCCUCACCCAGACAUAAGAAGCUUGACAAUUGAGGGUUAUGGAGGUGAAAAUUUCUCAUCAUGGAUAUUGCAACUCAAUAAUCUGAUGGUGCUGAGAUUGAAUGGCUGCAGCAAGUUGAGGCAACUCCCAACACUUGGAUGUCUUCCUCGCCUUAAGAUUCUAUAUAUGAAUGGAAUGCCUAAUGUGAAAUGUAUAGGCAAUGAGUUCUACAGCAGCGGUGACAGAGCAGCAGUACUGUUUCCAGCACUGAAAAAACUCACUCUAUCCAGGAUGGAUGGUCUUGAAGAAUGGAUGGUACCAGGUGGAGAAGUUGUUGCAGUAUUUCCUUGUCUUGAAAAGUUGAGCAUUAAGGGGUGUAGACAGUUGAAAAGCAUUUCGAUAUGUGGUCUUUCAUCUCUCGUAGAAUUUAAAAUUGACGGAUGUGAUGAACUGAGAUAUUUGCCUGGUGAGUUUCAUGGCUUCACGUCUCUUCGAGUUUUAAGUAUACAGAGAUGUCCAAAGCUGGCAUCCAUUCCAAGCGUACAACACUGCACAGCUCUGGUGGAAUUUGAUAUAUGGAGCUGCGGUGAGUUGAUCUCAAUUCCUGGUGAUUUCCGAGAAUUGAAAUAUUCUUUGAAGAGAUUGAUUGUUGAUGGGUGUAAAUUGGGAGCUCUUCCAAGCGGACUGCAAUGGUGCGCAUCUCUAGAGAAAUUAUCAAUAGUUCGUUGGAGUGAGCUUAACCAUAUCAGUGAUUUGCAAGAAUUGUCUUCGCUUCAAGGAUUAGAGAUUAUACGUUGUGAUAAGCUCAUCAGUAUUGAUUGGCAUGGUUUACGACAAUUGCCUUCUCUUGUUCAAUUAGAAAUCACCACGUGUCCCAGUUUGAGUGAUUUCCCAGAGGAUGAUUGCUUAGGCGGCCUCACCCAACUGGAGAGACUGGGCAUCGGUGGUUUCUCAGAGGAGAUGGAGGCUUUUCCUGCAGGAGUUUUAAACUCAAUCCACCAUCUCAAUUUGAGUGGGUCCCUCAAACACCUAACGAUAGAUGGAUGGGAUAAACUGAAGACUGUACCCCAUCAACUUCAACACCUCACUGCCCUCGAGACAUUGGAAAUAGCUGAUUUCAACAGUGAGGAGUUUGAGGAAGCAUUGCCAGAAUGGAUGGCCAACCUUUCUUCUCUUCAAUCUCUUUGGAUUAUGGAUUGCAAGAAUCUCAAGUAUAUGCCAAGUUCAACAGCCAUUCAACGCCUCUCCAAAUUAAAGCGAUUGCAUAUCGGGUGGGGAUGUCCGCAUCUAUCACAAAAUUGCAGAAAGGAGUAUGGCUCUGAGUGGCCCAAGAUUUCUCAUAUCCCAUCAAUCAUAAUAGAUUAA